AUGUCUUCAUUUCUCAAGAAGAAUGAGCUCGAGGACCUGACCAUGAACGACGUCUGGGACAAGAGCAAGGAGCUGUCCUCGCGGGCAUGGGGAGCCAUCCCCCGCCGGAUACGCCUGGCUGGCUUCUGCUUCACCUUCCUUGCCAUAGUCGUAGGGCUGUCAAUAACAUCCCUCCCAUACGUUGAACCCUACCUGCCUUCGGUCUCGCUGGAGUAUGCCUCGCUGCAGAAGACGCCGUACAACGAGUCCAAGGUCGCCCUGCUAGUCGAGAACCGGCCGUUCCCCCUCCUGGCCCCUCUCAUGCUGCACUUCAUGGGCGUCGUGCCGCCCGACUGGCGCUUCCGCUUCAUGGGAUCCGUCGAGUCGGUGGAGCACAUCAACAAGUCGAUGGCGAUCCAGGAGCAGGUGAAGCUGGGCAAGCUGGACCUGACCUACAUCCCCGCGAACAUGAGCACGGGGUCCCAGGAGGAGAUUUCGCGGUUCCUCACCACGCUGUGGCUGUACGAGGUCGUGCUGCAGCCCGCCGAGUGGCUGCUCGUCUUCCAGACCGACUCCAUCCUGUGCGCCAACUCGCAGCAGAACCUCAACGACUACCUCGAGUACGACUGGAUCGGCGCGCCGUGGAACCCGGCCGGCCGCUGGGGCGGCAACGGCGGCCUGUCGAUCCGCCGCGUGAGCGCCAUGAUCGACGUGCUGCGGUCGCAGGUGCGCGUGCCCGGCUCGGAGCCCGAGGACGUGUGGCUGGCGGAGCGGCUGGGCCACCGGCCCGGGUCCAAGGUGGCCAACGGGUCGGUGUCGCUGACCUUCAGCGGCGAGAUGCACACGGGCGAGGGCGCGCACGUGGGCAACGGCAAGGUGGGCGGCGCGAGCGGCAAGCUGUACAACAGCACCAAGGACGCCGCCGAGCACGGCGAGCUGGUGCACGGCAUCGACGACUGGCGCGAGGGCUUCUACGAGCCCAUGGGCUACCACACCGGCGGCAGCGGCAACACGCUGCACUCGGGCAUCUGGGGCACGCCCGCCCUGCGCAAGCACAUCUGGGACUACUGCCCCGAGGUCAAGAUGACCCUCAACAUGGACGCCGCCAAGUUCGUCCCCGGCGACUGCAACCAGCGCUGGAAGCGCGACCUCGGCGACGACGCCCUCGAGACGCGCUCGUCUGCAGACCUCGGCUGGGGCACAGAGAUUAUUGACGGCGUCGAAUACCCGAUGCUGCCCCCUGGCCUGAUGCCAUUUUAA